GCAACACAGACUUCCGGUGCAUUUGUCGGAAACCUGUAAAGCCGGAUCUUCCGGCGUGUGACCAUAGCGACGUCCGACAUGGAAACCUUGGGGUUGUCAAAGUCGUUAUGGGCUUCAUCCACUGGGAUCGUUUAAAGCGCCGCGUCCUUGGCCUUCCGCCCGUGCCUGCGGGCCGCGGAAACUCAACGGGGGCGGCAGGCAGAACUCGCACGCGAAACUCAGUCCGGCGCGUUCGUUAGGGACACCGGCGAGGGUGGGCGCCUUACCAUAGAGAGGAGCCGUUCUAGAACGCCUCUCGGGAUUUCUUUUUCAGUUCCGGUGUGAAGGUGGCGUUUGGGGAUGGGGAGGAGGAAGGUGAUAGUUUUGAUAGAGUUCGGUCGGUGGGGGGGGGACGGGCGGACGGACUGUCAGCCUGGCUCCGGCGGUUGUGGCUCUUGAGGGCGAGCGAGGAGGAAGAAGAAGAAGAAGAGGGCGCGAGCUCUUAGGGAGCAGGGAGGGGGGCCUCGCAGGACCGGCAGAUCCCGGGGUUGGCCGAGCGGACUGCAGGGGCCGAAGAGAAGCGGGCGGGGGUGCCUCCUCUUCCUCUUCCUCCUCCUCCUCCACCCGAGUAUCUUUGGGGAGGGAACUUUCCGGCGGCGAGCAAGCAGGGAAGGGACUGGAAGGCCUGGUAAGGCCGAGGGAGACGCUCGGCCUGUCGGCGUUUCUUCUAGUCGUUCGGGGCGUGGAGACCUUGGAGGGCUCAUGGCGUCAGCAGUAGCUGCGGGGGGCUCCGGCGGCCCUCUGAACCCCGUGGCCACCCUCCACGAGGAAGCCGUCUGUGCCAUCUGCCUGGAUUACUUCACUGACCCGGUGUCCAUUGGCUGCGGCCACAACUUUUGCCGCGUGUGCAUCACUCAGCUUUGGCGUUCGGGUGAAGAAGAAGGCGCCGAUGUGGGAGCCUCUGGCUCGGAGGGGGAUGCUGACGAUGGGGGCAUCGAUGACCUGGGGCCCGAAGAAGACGGGGAUUACGACGACGACAACGACCUGGAGGACAAUGAUUAUUUAGGCGACGGAGAUAUGGGUGACGAGGAGGAAGAUGAUGAUGAUGCAUCCAGGGACGAGUACGAUGAUGAAGACGACGAUGUCUGGGACGAUGACGACAGAGAGUACUGGGACCAGGAGAUAUGGGAUGCUGCUAUCGGGAGUGAUCUGUUUUUUGAUAAUUAUGAUGAGGAUGAGGAAGUCAUGGAUGAAGAGCCAGAAGAAAUGGCAGAAUACACAGCCCCGGCGACUCCACCUACUCCGCAACGGCAGUCUUUCACUUGCCCUCAGUGCCGCAAAACUUUUCCUCAUCGCAAUUUCCGACCCAAUCUUCAGCUGGCCAAUAUGGUGCAGAUCAUCCGACAGAUGCAUCCACAACCACAGAAGCCUGCCAUUACGUCAGCUGAUGUGGUGGAGAUGGCAGCAGCGGGGGAUUCCUCAGGGGUACCAUCUACUUUAGCCGAAAGUCAUGCUCCAAAAGCCCUGUGUGAGAAACACCAGGAGCCACUUAAGCUCUUUUGUGAGGCAGAUGACGAGCCCAUCUGUGUAGUGUGCAGAGAGUCACGAGCCCAUAAACACCACAGUGUUAUGCCACUAGAGGAGGUUGUGCAAGAAUAUAAGGCUAAACUCCAGGGUCACUUGGAUCCAUUGAAAAAGAAACUGGAGUCAGUUCUAAAGCAGAAGUCAAGUGAAGAGGAAAAGAUAACAGAUAUCAAGAACAAGAUGAAACUUGAUAUGAAAGAGUUUGAGUCAGACUUUGAGCGGCUGCAUCAGUUCCUGGUUGGAGAGCAAGCUAUGCUGCUUCACCAGUUGGAAGAUCGCUAUGAGAUACUACUAGCCAGCCAGAGUAGCAACAUCUGUCACCUGGAGGAGCAAGGUGCUGCCCUAAGCCGUCUUAUUGCAGAAGCAGAAGACAAGAGCAAGCAAGAUGGUCUGCAGCUGCUCAAGGAUUUCAAAGGCACGUUAGUCAGGUGUGAGAAGAUCACAUUCCAAGAUCCAGAGAUGGUGCCAGUGGACACAGGAAAGAAAUACCGGAACUACUUCCUUAUAGAUGUUUUAAUGAGGAAGAUGGAGAAGGUCUUUAGCAAAGCACCUCAAGCGGAUUUGACUCUAGACCCUGAAACAGCUCAUCCACGGCUCACACUUUCUUCAGACUGUCACAGCGUCCGACUUGGGGAACGUUGGCGGGAUCUGCCGGAUAAUCCAAAACGCUUCGAUUCCGAUUACUGUGUAUUGGCUUUGCAGGGCUUUUCGUACGGUCGCCACUACUGGGAAGUGGAGGUGGGUGGCCGGCGAGGGUGGGCUGUAGGGGCAGCCCGCGAAUCGGCCCGACGAAAAGAGAAGUCCAGCAGUGGUUCCCACCAGAAACGGGAGAUCUGGUGUGUAGGAACCAAUGGUAAGAAGUACCAGGCUUUGACUACCACCGAGCAGACGUCCCUCUGUCCAGCUGAGAAAUUACGGCGCUUUUGUGUCUACCUGGACUACGAACGAGGCCAGCUAGGAUUCUACAAUGCUGAAAACAUGGCUCAUAUUCACACCUUCAAUGCUUCAUUUCGCGAGCGCAUCUUCCCCUUUUUCCGCAUUCUUUCCAAGGGGACCCGCAUAAAAAUCUGCAAUUGAUGCCAUUGCGGCUGUUGCGCAUAGCUGAAUUUAUCCCUCGAGGCCUCUGCUUCAUCCCAUCCCCCUACCUAAUUAUGCUUGAUAAGAGUUUCUCAUCAUCCUUGGACUUUGGUGGAUUCCUUAUCUAGCUCUUAUUUUGGAUUCCUUUUGACAGGGAUUCUUCCCUUCGGUGAAUUCAGUUUUGCACAGUUCUACUUUGUCUGGUUUUGACCAGGUCAUGGAUCUGACUUUAUCUUACUCAUGGUUCAGAUCCACUUUAGCAAAAAAAAAAAAAAAAAAAGUGCUUUCUCUUUCCUUAUACUUUUGGGGUAUGCUCACAUGUCAGCUGAUUAUACCGUUCUCAUAUUUAGGUAGCUGAGCUCCUGACCUUCAGAAGAGAAAUUAGACCUUAUUGAGCAUGCAAUUAUAAUGUUUGGUGGGACCUCACAUGGCUUUUUGACUUGGGUUGAGCAGUCCAAGACUUGUUCUUGACUUUCCUAAGGAUACCUAAAACUUUCUAGUCAGGCUUUGACAACUUAAAACAAAAUAUAGAUGUAUGUGUGGUAACUUUUCUCUGUUUUGAACUCCCCUGAUCAGACAAGAUGACUGUUCCAAUAUGUUCUUGGGGUUGGAUCAAAAUCCAUGCUUUAAGCUGGGAUGAAGAACAUGUGACCCUCCAUAUGUUGCUGAAUGACAGUUUCUAAGAGCCGCAGCAAUCAUAGCCUAUGUUGAAGGAUACAGGAGUUAUGGUCCAGUAACAUCUGGAAAAUGAAUAGCCCCAAAUGUUACGUCUGUGUUGCUGUCACCAGAGCCCGGAUUCCUGUAGCGCUCACAAUAGCUUUGCAUUUUGAAGUAAUCAUAUGGAAAUAUUUUGACAGAUUCCUAAUGCUAUUAUUCCUCGUCAACUGCUCCAAUGCCUGUAUUCUGAUUUCCUGUUUUUGCAAUUUACUAAUAACAUUUAAAAAAAACAAA